UCUCCUCUUGUUGCCAUCCGGAGGUGCCGAAAGCUGUCCUCUCCUCCUCCUCACAUCCAUCCCUCUCAUUCCCUCCCGGAGCGCAGAUCAGCGGUGGAGCAUCAGCCUCCUCUCCUGCCCUCCUCUCCAUCUCUGUCUGUCUGUCCCCUCGCGCGCGCCGCCCGCCCGCCUCCCUCUCUCCGCUGCAGCAGCCUCAGCACCUUCAGUCGAGCAGGAGCACCGCACUGAGUCACAUCUCUCUGCACACACGCUCUCCACGCGCGCACGCACGGUCACGCACUCAGACGCAGCCUCCUGCAGUAUCCCACACGGCGCAGCGGCUUUUCCAGCGGCAUACCAAGUGCGUCCUCGCCGGGAGAUGGGAGGAGCGGCUCCCGGGUGUCAGAGCACUCAGAGCGGCUGAACGGUCUCGUUGGUUGGGGGAUGCUCCUGGAAGUCUGCUGCUACACAUGAUUAUUCCCCCCCCUCCUGUGCAGGAAUCGGUAUUUAACUGCACGUCGACAGAGGAUUUAAGUGGACAAGUCCGGGAUUUAACAUUUUUCUGAACAUUCUGGUUCUGGAGUUGGGAUUGCAGUGGACGUGCCUCUUUCCGCAGUGUCGAUGCGGCUGUGCCUGCUGUCUGCAUUUAUUACAGGUACAUGAUGCUCUUCAUCGCAAGAGAAGCUUGAUCCUGACUGCUGCCAUUACUGGACUGUGCCUCUGCCCCUCUUCUCACCAAUCCAACCAUCAGCACAGUCAUGUCAUCCCCUACGAGGAUAAGGACCUCUCUUUUUGUAUGCUGCUUCCUGUUUUGUUUGGUGCUUCCUGUGACAUCACAAACAGUCGUGCAAGCUCCGCAGGCGCAGAGCGCCAGCUCACAAGUGAUCACUGCAGUCCUCCAGGACGAUGAGGAGGAGGAGUAUGCAUCAUUUCAUGCUGAGAACCCCGAGUGGACAUUUAACCAUCUCGCUGUGGACUAUCGCAAUGGCAACGUUUAUUUAGGGGCUGUCAACCGCAUCUACAAACUGUCUCCUGGCUUGGAUGUCCAGGUGUUCCAUGUGACUGGUCCAGAGGAAGACAACCGCAAGUGCUACCCACCACGUAUUGUCCAGCCCUGCAACGAGCCGCUCACACUCACCAACAAUGUAAACAAGAUGCUCUUGAUGGACUAUAAGGAAAACCGGUUACUAGCCUGUGGCAGCCUCUAUCAGGGUAUCUGCAAACUGCUUCGCCUAGAUGACCUCUUCAAACUAGGAGAGCCCUUCCACAAGAAAGAGCACUACCUCUCUGGUGUAAAUGAGAGCGGCUCUGUGUUUGGAGUCAUUGUUUCUUACGGUAACGCCUCUCCGGACAUGCUGUUUGUAGCCACAGCGGUUGAUGGCAAACCAGAGUACUUCCCCACAAUUUCAAGUCGAAAGUUGGCCAGAAACUCAGAGGAGGAUGGCAUGUUUGCAUACGUCUUCCACGAUGAGUUUGUGGCCUCAAUGGUUAAGAUCCCCUCAGACACUUUCACCGUCAUCCCAGACUUUGACAUAUACUACAUUUAUGGCUUUGCUAGCGGCAACUUUGUGUAUUUUCUAACUCUGCAGCCUGAAAUGGGGGGCGGACCUACCACCGGGUCCUCCUCUGCUGGCCGGGAACAGGUUUACACUUCCAAAAUAGUCCGUCUCUGCAAGGCAGACACUGCAUUCAACUCGUACGUUGAGGUGCCUAUCGGAUGCAUAAGUGGCAAUGUGGAGUACCGCUUACUGGAGGCAGCCUAUCUAUCAAAAGCCGGUGCUAUCCUGGCACGGUCAUUAGACGUGGCGCCGGACGACGAUGUGCUGUUCGCUGUAUUCUCAAAAGGCCAGAAGAGGCGUCCACGGCAGGCCUCCCAGGACUCUGCGCUUUGUGUUUUCUCUCUGCGAAAGAUCAAUGAGAAAAUCAAGGAUAGGCUGCAGUCCUGCUAUAAGGGUGAGGGCACACUGGACUUGGCCUGGCUGAAAGUCAAAGACAUUCCCUGCAGCAGUGCGCUUCUGACCAUUGACGAUGACUUUUGUGGCCUUGACAUGAAUGCACCGCUGGGCGUGUCAGAGAUGGUUCGAGGCAAGCCUCUCUUUUCUGAUGCCACCGAUAAAAUGACGUCCGUCAUCGCCUACGUCUACAAGAACCACUCACUGGUCUUCGUGGGUACAAAGAGUGGAAAAAUCAAGAAGAUUCGGGUCGAUGGUUCCUCACGUGCUCAUCGAUAUGAGACUGUGCAAGCUGUGGAGAAUGGACCCAUCCUGAGAGACAUGGCCUUCGCAUCGGACCAUCACUACCUCUACGUCAUGUCACACACCCAGCUAUCAAGAGUACCUGUGGAAGCCUGUGGACAAUACUCAACCUGCAGUGAAUGUCUUGGAUCAGGAGAUCCUCACUGUGGCUGGUGUGUUCUACAUAACAUGUGUGCCAGAAAGGAGAAAUGUGAGCGUUCAUCAGAACCCCGGCGCUUUGCCUCAGAUAUCAAGCAAUGUGUGCGUCUCAGUGUCCACCCGAACAAUAUAUCAGUGUCCCAAUUUAGUGUCACGCUAGUGCUGGAAGCCCAUAAUGUCCCAGAGCUUUCAGCUGGUGUCAACUGUACCUUUCAAGACCUGGCUGAGAUGAACGGAUUGGUGGAAGGAAACCGGAUCAAAUGUUACAGCCCGGCGGAAAGAGAAAUGCCUCGCAUUAUUGUUGACAAAGGUGACCACCAGAUUGUGCAGCUCUAUCUCAAGUCUAAGGAGACCGGCUUGGCAUUUGCAAAUACCAGUUUUGUUUUCUACAACUGCAGUGUGCACAAAUCGUGUUUGUCAUGCGUGAGCAGUCCCUACCAGUGCCACUGGUGUAAGUACAGACAUGUCUGUACCCACGAUCCUCGCACAUGCUCCUUCCAGGAAGGGCGGGUCAAGAAGCCUGAGGGAUGUCCUCAGCUGCUCCCUGCAGAUCGAAUCCUGGUGCCGGUCAAUGUAGUGAAGCCCAUCACCCUCCGAGCGAAGAAUCUCCCCCAGCCCCAGUCUGGACAGAGGGGGUAUGAGUGUGUGUUAACCAUCCAAGGAAAUGAACAUCGGGUUCCUGCUCUCCGCUUUAACAGCUCCUCAGUGCAGUGUCAAAACACAUCGUAUUUCUACGAUGGGAUGGAGAUGAGCAGUCUUCCCGUAGAGCUGACAGUCAUCUGGAAUGGAGAUUUCAGCAUCGACAACCCAGCCCACAAUAAAGUCCACCUUUACAAGUGUGACGCCCAGCGCGGAAGUUGCGGUUUGUGUCUGAAGGCGGACCCUCUGUUUGGGUGCGUCUGGUGCACGGCAGAGAACCGCUGCACCCUCAAGCAACACUGCCUCCACCCUGAGAGCAACUGGUUGGAGCCCAACGGCAUCAACAGCAAGUGCACCAACCCACGGAUCACAAUGAUCACGCCCCUGCGGGGUCCCAGAGAAGGCGGCACGCUUGUGACUAUCCGUGGUGAGAACCUGGGACUGGACUUCCGAGAGAUUCAGGGCCAUGUCAGAGUGGCUGAGGUGGAAUGCACCCCCAUCCGCGAGGGCUACAUCCCCGCCGAGCAGAUUGUGUGUGAGAUGGGUAAAGCUGAAAUGAGCCAGUUCACUGGGAAUGUUCAGGUCUGCGUUGGACCCUGUGAAGAGAAGUUUAAGGCAGAAUCCUCCAAAUACUACUACUUUGUGCUUCCACGGAUUACAACCCUGAAGCCGAGCCGAGGGCCGGUCUCUGGAGGAACGAUCGUAAACAUCACCGGCAGCCACUUCGAUGCUGGGAGCAGUGUGUCAGUCGUGUUUAAGGACCAGCCUUGCACUUAUCUGAGGAGAGGGGGCCAGUGGCUUACAUGCCGAACCCAUGCUUCCCUGCACGGCUAUGGAAACGUGUCUGUGUCUGUGAGCAUAGAUAAGGCCAAACUCCAGAAAGACCUGCAGUUUGAAUACGUGGAGGAUCCGACCAUAACCAAGAUUGAGCCAGAGUGGAGCAUAUUCAGCGGACACACUCCUGUGAUGGUGACAGGAACCAACCUGGACAUAAUCCAGAUGCCUCUCAUCAGAGCCAAAUACAACGGACACGAGACACUCAAUUUGUGCGAAGUGUUGAGCCCCACCACCAUGCUGUGCCAGGCCCCAGAGCUGCCCAUCAGCUUUGCUCAGCAGCACGAAGUACCAGAAAAACCCGAUGAGUUUGGCUUCAAGCUGGACGAUGUACAGUCUCUGAUGGCUCUCAACAAUACCAACUUCAUCUACUACCCAAACCCAGAAUUUGAACCUCUCAGUGCCUCUGGGGUUCUGGAGCUUAAACCUGGAUCCCCCAUUAUACUAAAAGGGCGUAACUUUCUCCCACCAACCAAUAGUGGGAAUGGGAAGCUGAACUACACAGUUCUGAUUGGAGAGAAAACCUGCAAGUUGACAGUGUCAGAAACUCAGCUUCUUUGUGAAUCCCCCAACCUGACUGGCCGGCACAAAGUCCUGGCACGAGUCGGUGGUAUCGAGUUUUCCCCAGGUGUGGUACACAUCACGUCCGACAGUCCGCUCAGCAGCACAGCAAUCAUUGGCAUCACUGCAGCUGGUGUUCUGCUCAUCUUUUUCAUUGUGGUGAUGCUCAUCGCCUAUAAACGCAAGUCCCGUGAGAGCGACCUGACACUGAAGAGACUGCAGAUGCAGAUGGAUAACCUUGAGUCACGUGUGGCCCUGGAGUGCAAGGAAGCUUUUGCAGAGCUGCAGACAGAUAUCCAUGAGCUGACCAGUGAUCUGGAUGGAGCAGGCAUACCUUUCUUGGACUAUAGGACCUACACUAUGAGAGUUCUUUUCCCCGGCAUUGAGGAACACCCAGUACUGAGGGAUCUGGAGGUGCCAGGCUACCGCCAGGACCAAGUGGAGAAGGGGCUAAAGCUCUUUGGCCAGCUCAUUAACAACAAAAUCUUCCUGCUGUGUUUUAUCCGUACCCUGGAAGCCCAGCGUGGCUUCUCAAUGAGGGACCGCGGCAAUGUGGCCUCACUGAUCAUGACAGUACUGCAGAGCAAGUUGGAAUAUGCCACCGAUGUCCUGAAGCACCUGCUGUCUGACCUCAUAGACCGCAACCUUGAGAGCAAAAAUCAUCCCAAACUGCUGCUUCGCAGGACUGAAUCUGUGGCAGAGAAAAUGCUGACCAACUGGUUUACCUUCCUCCUCUACAAGUUUCUGAAGGAGUGUGCAGGCGAGCCGCUUUUCUCUCUCUUCUGUGCCAUCAAGCAGCAGAUGGAGAAAGGCCCCAUUGACUCCAUCACAGGAGAAGCCCGCUACUCGCUCAGUGAGGACAAACUCAUCAGACAACAGAUUGACUACAAGACACUGGUGGUGAACUGUAUACACCCAGAAAACGAGAAAAGCCCAGAGAUCCAGGUUAAGGUGCUGAACUGUGACACCAUCAGCCAGGUGAAGGAAAAGAUACUGGAUGCCAUUUACAAGAAUGUUCCUUAUUCACACCGCCUCAAAUCAUCCGAUAUGGACUUAGAGUGGCGUCAAAGUCGAGGACAGCGGAUGAUCCUGCAGGACGAAGACAUCACCACGAAGAUUGAAGGUGACUGGAAGAGGCUGAACAUCCUGUGCCACUAUCAGGUACCUGAUAAUGCAGUCAUGGCUCUAGUACCCAAACAAGUUACAGCAUACAACUCGGUAAACAACUCCACCGUGUCACGGACUUCUGCAAGUAAAUACGAAAACAUGAUAAAGUACACCGGAAGCCCCGACAGUCUACGCUCCCGCACGCCGAUGAUCACUCCUGACCUGGAGAGCGGGGUGAAGGUCUGGCACUUGGUGAAGAACCAUGAGCACGGAGACCAGAAGGAAGGAGACCGUGGCAGCAAGAUGGUCUCUGAGAUCUACCUGACACGGCUUCUAGCUACAAAGGGAACGCUGCAAAAGUUUGUGGACGACCUGUUUGAGACCAUCUUCAGCACCGCCCAUCGAGGCAGUGCUCUGCCCCUGGCUAUUAAAUAUAUGUUUGACUUCCUGGAUGAGCAGGCGGACAAACACAGCAUCCAUGACCCACAUGUGCGACACACAUGGAAGAGCAACUGCCUACCUCUACGUUUUUGGGUGAAUGUGAUCAAGAACCCCCAGUUUGUGUUCGACAUCCACAAAAGCAGCAUCACAGAUGCCUGUCUGUCUGUGGUGGCUCAGACCUUCAUGGACUCCUGCUCCACCUCAGAGCACCGCCUUGGGAAAGAUUCACCCUCCAACAAGCUGCUUUAUGCCAAGGACAUCCCCAGUUACAAAAGCUGGGUGGAAAGGUACUACUCAGACAUUAAUAAGAUGCCAGCUAUCAGUGACCAGGAUAUGAACGCCUACUUAGCUGAGCAGUCAAGGAUGCACAUGAAUGAGUUCAACUCCAUGAGCUCUCUAAGUGAGAUUUACUCCUAUGUGGGGAAAUACACUGAAGAGAUCGUGUGCGCGCUGGAGCAGGACGAUGCAGCCAGAAAACAGAGGCUGGCCUUCAAGCUGGAGCAGGUGGUGGCCUUCAUGAGCCUGGAGAGCUGAGGACCGCAUUUCCCAGGAUGCACUGGGAAGAGACCCCAUCAGAAACCGAGCCGUGCCUGAGCAAAGACCUGUCCCCAUCUUUUUCAUCAUGUGACUUCCUCCCCUCAGCUUUUUAGAGACUUCUUCCUUUACCCUUUUUCUGCUUCCUCUUUGAAGAGACCUUUCUCCCCUCAUUCACUCUGCUGCAAAGACUCGUUUACCUGAAUACGGGAGGGGUGGUCUGCAGCUGAGGUUGGUGCCUCCCACCGUGCAAAGUGGGGCAUCGCUCAGCUGCACCACAGGGAGUGAUUGCUUGAGAAGCUGGCCAUAUUGGCAUUCUUCAUUCCCCAGCUGGAAGAGAGAAGAAACAUUUUAUGUUGCCUUCAAGAAUUUACACAGUAAUUUUUUGAAAACCACAACGUUGGGUGUCCAUUUGUUGAACUUUAGAGUUAGUAGUUGAGAUGAAAAUAGUUUCCAAGCGUUUGGUUUUCAGUAGUGCUAUUUCCAACACGAGGAAUUCAAGCGGAAAGUGAUGACUGCAAGCCAAAUGAACACCUUUGGGGGGAAAUUAAUGCAAGAACGGUUUGCCAAGUUUACACUGUACCUUCAAGCAAAGCAUACAUAUCAGUGAAAUCUGGGGAGAAUCCAGGCAAAUCCAGAAUGUUCUUUAAAUGUAGCUGGAAUUGUGUUUCAGAAAGAGACUGAUCGGGGUAGUUAAUGAUUCUCGCUCUUCUCGAUGUUUCCUUUGAUGACCGACGAAAACUUUAGAAUACAGUGCAUCCCCAACUUGUAGCCUGUUGCAACUUUCACACGUUCUACUUAGUGUAUGAUCAAGAUCAUUUUUAAUGAGUUGCGCUUCCAUGGCUACUGCAAACGUAAGCAAUUAGAAAACCCAGGAGCCCCACCCAAGUUGGAUCUUCUAUCAAAAACAAAAAAUGGAAAAAAAGCACACAACCAACGCAGGAAGGCAGCCCCUGCCACGGUAUAUCAAAGCACACACACGCACAGAUAAAGAAUCAACAGCUCUCCAGUUAACCGUAGAAGACUGUUUCGACUGCGGUCUCUUCCAAAUGUUUCGUUGCCUCUGUGAAGGUCUGUCAAAGCACACGCGCACAAAUUUACAACAAAAAGAAUCUGCAGCUGCACAAGAUCUCGACUGCCCACAUUUCCACACCAACCAGAGGUGGUCGGCAGGGAAGAAGAGCUGGAAACGAAACAAAGUCAGACAUGGCUACCUAAAGAGGCCCAGUAGUGAGAAACACCUCUUUUCCAGGACGUUCUUAUUUUAAGAUGUGUGUGUAUGUGUGUUUGGAGAAAUCUAAUGAGAUGGACUCAGCUGGUCAGCCAAAAACCAAAGGAUCUUAAAAUUGUCAAAACAGGACAAAUGUAUUUAUAAAGUGCCACUGAGGAAUUAACAAAAAAAAAAAGGACUAUGUAUAAGACCACCACUUCUCGGACAACAAAACAACAUAUUGUGACUGAUACUUUAAGAAGCCUGCGUGAUUUUCUCUGACCUCAGUGUGUCGAAGUGGGAGGCUCUGUGGGCGAUUUGAUGUGAUCCUCCAUGCUAUUUCCAUCGUCCUGGGUCUCUCCGGCUCUCGGCACACCAUCCACCCUUUUGUCUGGCUCUUGACUUACCAAUUUAUCUGCUUUGCACAAGCCUUGGAGAUGGUAGCUAGUUGCAUACAACAAACCCCAACUCCUGAGUGUGUAAUUGUUGAGGCACUCUUGUCUGUAUUAGUGUAGAUGUCCUCAGUGGAAGCUGUGGGCGCCCUUUUGCAAGCCUCAAAGAAAAGAGAAAAAAAAUGAUUAAGCAUAGCAGCUAGUAAGCAUAAUGGACAUUAAGAGUAAUGGAGACUUAUUGGAUGUGAACCCCCACCACGGGAAAGAGCGACGGAAAGAUGAUGGAGGCGCCCUCCGUACCUUUUGACCUCUGCCCUUUCUUUUGCCUUGACAACGUGCCCCAUGUGGUGAUGUGAAUGUGUGAAGACCGCCCUCGGUCCACCUUGGGUCCUUUAUUGGCUUUUUAAGCGCAUGUAAAACGUAAACGAUUUAAGAAACUUAUUUUAAAAAGAAAAAAAAAAAAAAAACAAGAAAAUAAGCCUUGCAAUGAUGAUGUGGAUGUGUUCUUUUGUCUUUCUUUUGCUUGGAAGAAUUGAGAUGGAAUAAGUGGAUUGUUUCAUGCAAGAAAAGUUUUAACUUCCGUUUAAGGUGGAACCUUUAUCCAGUUCGGCUCCUGCAGGAUCUCAUACCCACAGUUUUUUGUGAAGUGGUAGAUGCUAAAUAAACCAGAUAUUAUAUACCUUUGCAUGUUAAUCUAUCUGGAUAGUAUGAAAUGGAACUGCCUUGCUCAAAGAUAUUUAUAUAGUUAUACAUCUACUAAGAUCUGUAAAGUCAUUUACAGCAUCCUCCACAAUGUGACAGCAGUGAAACCUGUGGUUUUCCUUUGGGCUAAAAACUUUAUUCUUUGCCAAUAUUUCAUGUUUUGAAACAUUGUACUGCUUCUAGUUUAAAAGGCAUCAAUAUAGUUUAGCUUUAAAUUCCAAAAUGCAUUUAUGAAAGUUCACCGUCAUAUCCACGCUACUCACUCAUUUAAGUCAAAGCUACUGAGCUUUUUUUUGUUUUUUCACAUGAAAUCCAAUUCAUUUUCCAUAAGCUUCAUUCUACAGCAUUACAGAAGAGGUCAUGUCUGCUGUUGGCUUUGAGAGGCAUAUUUAGACGUAGUUUAAAUCAGAAAAGUAAUUCAUGUAGAUCUUUUAUAUUAAAUACUGACAAGUACAAAAUCUUCACCACAUAGCCAAAGUGUAACAUUAGUAGGAGUCAAAUGAGUUUAGAAUCCUCCGCUGACAUUGUGAAUCUGCCUCUCAGUGCAACAUCCCGUCUGUCAUUUCUUCUUGGCCUGUUUCUACAACUAAGGCUGUCUGCUUGAAGCCAAAAUGUGUUGCCAAGAGCAAAGAUAAAGUUUCCACCUUCAAACGUUUUGUAGGAACCUAAAAUGUUCUCCUUGCUCAGUGUUAUAGCAGGUGUUACACAAACAUGCUAGAAAAGACUUUUACUAGAACCUAUUUGAAAGAUAAAGAGUAUCAUAUUGAGAGUAAAAACGAAACCUGGGGGAUUUAAGGCAAGCUUCUCUAACUUUGUUAUAAUUGUAUACCUGUGUAUGUAAAUAUAAUGCAUUCCUAUUUUGCAGUCAAGAACAAAAUACUAUUUGUAAUAUAGAAUAAACUUUAUUAUGAAACCAAGAAA